AUGCGCAAUUUUUCUGCAGGUUCCGUGGGACUGAAGGCAGUCACGGUUUCCGCCGUCCUCCUGAUCGUCCUGGCACACAAGUCCUCAGCAUCGCGGACCGGCGUCUUCCCACACCCGAGCAGCCGGACGUGCAGGGUGCUGCCAGGAGACACCGACUGGCCCAGCCACGCAGAGUGGGCACGCCUCAAUGAGACGGUGGGUGGCCGUCUCAUAGCGACCGUCCCCCUUGCUUCGGCCUGCCAUGACCCGACCUAUGAUGAGGAAGUGAACUACCCGCGCCUAAGGGCUCUCAAGGCGAAGUAUGACCCCAAAGGCUUGUUCUACGCGCGCACGGCUGUUGGGAGCGAGGCAUGGGCUGAGGAUUCGGAGCAGCGGCUGUGCAAGAUAUAG